GCCUUUCCUGCAUUCCCGGCCGGGCGCUGCAGCUCGUCCCCCCCCCCCCCCCGGGCCUGCGUGCGGCGAAGCGGCUCCCGGGCCGGGGAAGGGCGGAAUUGGAGCCCCCGGGCAUUGUGACGUCACCGGCGGCGGCGGCCGAGGGGAGGCUUUGACGCGCGCUGUGCCCGGGGGGAAGCGGCCCGAGCUCGGGGCUGAUUCCCGGCCUUCCUUCCUGCAGGGAUGUAGGGUGGCUAUAGGGGGGCAGGGGAUCCAGCUCUGCGCCCUGGGACUCGCUUCCCCCCCAGGGGCUUCUCGCUUGGGCUCUGUUGAAACUGGAUGAAGAAAAAGAAUGGAUAUGGGUAAUCAACAUCCCUCCAUUAAAACGUUACAAGAAAUACAGAAGGAAGUCAAAGACAUGGAACCGCAAGUAGCCGCCUUCAGCGGUCUAGCAGGUGACAGAGCUUACAAGAAACUAGAGAGGACUUUGACCAAGCGGCUUUUUGAAAUAGAUUCGGUGGACGCGGAAGGCCGAGGGGAUGUCCAACAAGCCAGGAAGCGAGCUGCCCAGGAAACGGAGAGGCUGCUUAAAGAACUGGAGCAGAACGCAAACCACCCCCAGAGGUUGGAGCUGGAGUCCAUAUUUAAUGAAGCGCAGGUACUGGUGGAGCAUGAGAUCCCAGGUUUUUACGAUGGAGGCAACUGCAUAACUGAGGAAUUUGAUGAGGGUAUUCAGGAUAUCAUUUUUAGGCUCACUCAGGUGAAGACUGGAGGGAAAGUCUCUCUACGGAAAGCCAGGUAUCACACUGUUACCAAAGUCUGUGCCGUUCAAGAGAUCAUAGAUCACUGUAGGAAGCAGCAGCCUUCUUUGCCCCUGUCUACCGAGGCACAUCCCUCCGUUGCGAAGAUUAACUCUGUUAUGUGUGAGGUAAACAAAGCGAAAGGGACUCUUAUUGGGGUUCUGAUGGGAGUGAACAACAACGAGACCUGCAGGCACCUGUCUUGCGUGCUGAUAGGCCUCAUUGCGGAGCUGGAUGCCUUAGACGUCUGCGGCCACCCGGAAAUAAGAAACUAUCGUAAAGAAGUUGUGGAGGAGAUCAACAGAUUGCAAAGAUACCUGGAUCUGGAAGAAGAAGCGGAUUCCACUUACGCCUUCGACCUGGCGCAAAACAGGUGCAUUGUGAAGAUAGAGGAAAUCCGCAAGAAGAUGAAGGAGAUCCAUUCCUCCUUCUUGAAAGGAGAGAGAGCUGUCGACAUGCACUUGAAGUCCAAGACGGAGCUGCAGGUGUUAAUCACCGAGCUGGACGAAGUGAGCCCGGGCAAAAACCCCUGCAUCCGAGAAGCCAGGAGGCGAGCGGUGAUCGAAGUGCAAACUCUCAUCACCUACGUUGACCUGAAAGAAGCGCUCGUCCGGCGGCAGGUUUUCCUGCAGCAGGCAGAACUGGAGACUCCAGCACACAGGGCGGUUUGGGACAUUCUCGGGAUCCUGUCCUCGAUUCUCCAGGAGGUGCUGUCCUUUGACGGGAACAGAAUGGACAAGAACUACAUGAGACUGGAGGAGCACCUCACGAAACAGCUCCUGGCCCUCGAUGCCAUAGACCCGCAAGGAGACGAGCGCUCCAAAGCAGCCCGGAAGCAGGCCGUGAAGCUGGCGCAGAAUAUUCUUUACUACCUAGACAUGAAAACAGACGAGUGGGAGUACUAAAAUAGCUGAAGUCUCGCGCUAGACGCUGCUGCCUAUUUUGGGGGGGUUUUUUUGCACUUCGUGCCGAUUGAUCUCCCGACGAAAUCAAAGGUCACGUCAUUUGCUUGGUGUCGUCGCAGCUGAGGGGAGUGUCAGGUUGGGCUCUGCCGCAGGUGGGUCUCUUGCUGUCCCAGCUAGGCAGUGACUGCGGUCUGCAUGCUGUUCGUGUUAGGAUUUUGGUCCUCGCUAUCUCUGUCUAUCUCUCCUGGCAUCUCUGGCUCUCAUCUUCCGUCGUGAAGAGCUGCCACGCUGCCCUGCUCUGGUAGUUAGCCAAAACAAGCCUUCCACACAGUGAGAGCACGCAGCUCGUCGGAAGUGUUUUCGUACCAUUCAGUCGAGAUGCAACGGAUGAAGAAGAUACCAGGAGCUAAAUUUGUUAGCCUUGAGCUGUUUGCUGUUGGUUUGACGAAACAGGGGGAUACUUCAAAUGUGCGAUCGCAAUCCAAAGGAUUAAAGGCAAACUGCUCCUGACUCCCCCCCACCCUCUGUGUAUUUGGUCUAAUUUUGCUCACUUAAGAGUUGGGGGUUUUCACAGGCAGAUUUUUGCACAUGGCUGUAGGACUGCCCGGUACUAAUUUUGGUAUGGGAAGAAAAACCCUCAGCCCUCCCACCCCAUACCCUGAAAUAGUCCACCAAAUGAUUUCAUGGUUUUCCCAGGUUGGUCAUUCAUGGUUUUCAGGUUGGUCAUUUAGAAAAGAGAGUCCUUUAUGACACUGAAUGAAGGAACUUUGAUGCAUCAAAACCCGGAAUGUCAUAGCUUAGAAUGGGUCAAAAUCGCUACUGUUGAAGAGUUGUAUUGAAUUCUUCAGUGCUUGAGAGCCUCCAAGACUCAAUCUUGGAGCUGUUGUGGUUGAAAUUUGGCAUGUGGAAUCCCUUGCUGUUUGGGACCUUGUCUUGUGGUCCCCCUGCCCCAGAUGAGUGUAGUCUUGGAUAGUAGAAAGUUAAGCAAGGGCUUCCACACUCUUAACUCAGGGGUGUCCAACUCUGGGGCUUCAGAUGUUCAUGGACUACAAUUCCCAUCAGCCCCUGCUGGCAUGGCCAAGGCAAUGACCAAUUGUAGUCCAUGAACAUCUGAAGCCCCAGAGUUGGACACCUCUGUCCUAACUUAACCCAGACCCAGUGGUGUUGGAUCAGGGCCUUAGAGUGUGGCCCAUGAGCUCCAAAUCCUUAGUUUAAAAGUUUCUAUAAACAUCUCCUUGGAGGUACAUGAAGGCAGCAUGAACUGCUUUUCUAUGCCUCUAAAUGUGCAGAAUCGACUCCCUCACCCUGUAUUUGAUCUUGAGUUUUUCAAAGCCAAAGUGGCACGUCUCUGUUAAUUGUAGUAUUGUGUUUCCAGUCUCAAGUAGUUCAUGCGUACCAUUUCUCAGUGUACAAAGAACCUUAAGCCCCUGCUACUUUUUCUCUUGUGUUUAGUAGCGACUUGCACCUUAUUUAUUCUACCCGUCCAGAUCAACAAGAUACACUGAUCUCGAGUUCAGCUUAGGUUGCAUCCUUCCCUGUUUUCCUCUAGGUUCAGGGAAGCAGAAACCCAGCAUCCCCCCUAGUUUUGCAGAGUGCUUUAUUAGUGGCCUGCCGAAAAAAAGACAUAAAUUGUAAAUCAGAGCUUACUUGAUAGUAUUUUUUUAUGUGCAAGGAGAACUGACCUGCCAACACAGCCACUUUUCAGAUAUUACAAUUGCAUCUGCAUAUCAAGUUUUAACGUAUGAUUAGAAGAAACAAGGCUGUCUUUAGGAAUCAAGUGCCUUUUUAAGUGACACAUGAGUUUAUGACACACCUAUAGCUUGGAUGUUUUAGAGCUGACCUCAUUCUGCUUUUUGGUAAAGUGUCUCCCGUACACCAGAUCGCUUCCAACUCUUCAACUGUAGCAUGGAUCAGAAGAAUAUGUUAAAAAUAUUUUUUGCAGGAAUAUAGUUAUUUGCAUAUUAGCAAGCAACUAAGGUCCAAAUGGCUGAGUUUCAGGAACAGACUUUUAAAAAGCCAGAGUUGUGUUGGCAUUGAAGCGAGAGACUCUCUGCCCCUUGUCCAUUAACUUGCAUCGUUUCCAUAUCCUACGUUUUUGCCCAUGGGAAAAAAAGUGUGUUGGCUAUAUUUUAAAAAUGCAUUUUUUUCCUUUUUUGAGCUUGCUAAACAAAGAGCAGAACGCUGACUUUGUAACCUCUACUUGGCAAGAGGCUAUCUGGCUGGCAAAUCUCAAGUCAAAAUUAUGGAUUUAGUCUUUGUCUAGCUUAAAUAGAAGCCAGUGCUGAAUCACAGACAUACUGAAUGCUUUGCCGUUAGUGUCUUUCCUGUAACUUUUUCCUGCUUGUUUAAAAAACAACUCCUUACAUCUAUCUGCAUGUGUUCUGACUGUCUACUGACAACUUUUGAACAGUUGUAAUUGAACUAUUUCAAUUUUAGUGGGGUUUUUAAAACUCUAGCUGCAAUGAAAUUUUGCACGCACACACACAAUUCCAUAUGGAUCAUACGGAGUUUCUGUGUGACUUGGAUUCCUCCAUUGGUUUCAUUUCUAGGGUGGUGUGGUAUGUGUUUCCAGCCAUUCUGGCUUCCUGUAUUGCUUUUGACAUUUAUAUUCAGCAGGAGAGCACUUUGUUUCAGAGAGUUCCAUAUGUAUAUUUGAGCUUUCACUUUGCAUAAGAAAGCCCUAGAUCUUUCUGUGGUGCGUGUGAAAAUGACACCAAUAGUGCUGAUGUUUCAUUAACAAAAUCCAUAUGCAGUUUCCUCUUCUGUUUCCAUAAGCCCCUGUAAAACGUUCAGUCAUUUUACAGAAAUGUUGCUGUUUCUGAACUAGUUAUUGCAGGGGGUAUUUCAAGGUUUGUUUCUCAAUUUUCCAUGUGGUCUGUUAGAGCUAUACGUUUAACAGGACAAACAUGUAAGGGUGGUGUGAUAAAGGUUGGAUGUGGUUGCUGUUAAGCCUGACUUUUAAAAUCUUCUCAUAAGGUUAAUGUUCAACAUUUAUAGUGCAAUCCAGAACUGAGUUUCUCCAGUCUUAAGACCAUUGAAGUCAACUGGAGCUACUGUUCUGGAUUGCAAUAUAAAUGUUAUCCUGAGAUCCUUGGUACACUAUCAGUGCAUGGAUGGAAGUGCUGAACUCAACAAAAUAAGCUGAACCAAAAAAAAUAAUUAAUAGUCCGGUAUGUGGAUUUUAGGAGAUCCUUGUUUUGUAAUUUUUUUACGAAUGUAUUUUUUCCUAUUUAAUAUGCAAAUGACUAGGAUAACUACUCCUUACUAGCUUUCCAUUGCAGUGAGCUGAAGACUUUUUUUUUGCUGUUGACUUAUUCUUCUGCAUUUUGUUAAUUUAAAAAGCUUUUUUUGUGCAGUGUCAAGACUUUGUAAGAAGAGGAACAAACGGAUGUAAUUUUGCUGACUCUUGAAACCUCAUGAUAUUCAUGUUAUUAUGAUUGUAAUGCUUUAGCAGCAGGGUUGAUUCGGAGCAGCAGCCUUGUUCGGAUACUCUUGCCAGCAACCAUGGUAAAAUGGACAUAAAUAUUCUUUUUCAGAAUGCGUGACGACUAGUGUAUGCAGUUGGCUUGAUGUGUACAAAUUCAAAGUUACAACCUGGUUUAAUAAAGCAUUUUCAUGCUUUCUUCUUGAUAACCA